GUAAAUCUAUCAGGGGAUUUCAUGCUUUGUUUCUCAUAUAUAAGAUAGCAGAGACUUUACUUGUUACUUUUUCUAAUUUUCUUUUCUUUUUUUUUCUUUCUUUUUGUUCUCCAAUUUCCAUCUUUGACUCUCUCCGUACUUUUUAUUUUUUACAAAACCAACGCCUCCCUCUCUCUCUCUUCAUUCCUUUCUCUCCUCUCCUCCCGCCUUUUCCGGCUAGUCCGACACGACGCCGUCCUGUUCUCUUCUCUUUCAACUUCGUUUCUCCGCCGGAAAACAGCUUUCAUGCGCCGGAAAGCUACUGUCACGAGCUGAGAGAAUUAAAAAAGAAAAAAAAAGAAGAAGAAGAAGACGCUAGCUAGUUAGCUAGCAAGCAGCGGGUUGUUUUGAGUGAAACGUGGAGAUUUUGACUUAGUUUCAGGUAGUGAAGAGACUUGAUAAUAGAUCUGCGAGGGAGGUAGAGAAAGAGAGGUGUGGUUUUGAUGUUCGGAGAAUUAGUUAGUUAGAUGGUAUAUGAUGAACGGAGCUCCGGUGAACGAUCGGAGAGGGAGGUGGCGUUUUGGUAAAUUUCUUCACAUGGAAUGGCAGAUCUUGUUAGUUUCGGUAAUGCCGAACGUGACAUCGAGCAGGCAUUAAUUGCUCUAAAGAAGGGUGCUCAACUUCUGAAGUAUGGUCGUAAGGGAAAGCCUAAGUUUUGUCCUUUUAGACUCUCUAAUGACGAAACAACUUUAAUCUGGAUUUCAAGUAGUGGUGAACGGAGUUUGAAGUUAGCUUCUGUCUCUAAAAUUAUUCCUGGACAAAGAACUGCUGUUUUCCAACGUUAUCUCCGGCCUGAAAAGGAUUAUUUAUCUUUUUCUCUUAUUUACAACGACGGAAAGCGGUCCCUUGAUCUGAUUUGCAAGGACAAAGUUGAGGCAGAGGUGUGGAUAGCAGGCUUAAAAGCGCUAAUAUCCUCUGGGCAAGGUGGACGCUCCAAAAUUGAUGGAUGGAGUGAUGGAGGCCUCUAUCUUGAUGAUGGCAGAGACUUGACGUCAAAUAGUGCAAGCGACAGUUCCAUUAGUGUUACACGAGAAAUUAGCUCUCCAGAUAUUUCCGUCAGUUUUAAUCCAAAUAUUUCUCCAAGGAGUUCUCGGCCAGAAAAUUCUCCAAAUUCUGAUAGGUCACAUGUAGCAUCAGACAACACAAAUAUGCAAGUAAAGGGAUCUGGUUCAGAUGCUUUUCGAGUUAGUGUUUCUAGUGCCCCAAGCACUUCAAGUCAUGGUUCUGCACCAGAUGAUUGUGAUGCUUUAGGUGAUGUAUACAUAUGGGGUGAGGUCAUAUAUGAUAAUGCUGUCAAGAUUGGGGCCGAUAAGAAUGCAAAUUAUGUUAGCACUAGAGCAGAUGUGCUUCUUCCCAGGCCUUUAGAGUCUAAUGUAGUUCUAGAUGUGCAUCAUAUAGCCUGUGGGGUAAGGCAUGCCGCAUUGGUAACAAGACAAGGUGAGGUUUUUACAUGGGGUGAAGAAUCUGGUGGACGGCUUGGCCAUGGCGUCGGGAAGGAUGUUAUUCAACCUCGUCUUGUUGAAUCUUUGGCUGUUAGCACUGUUGAUUUUGUAGCCUGCGGAGAGUUUCAUACUUGUGCUGUUACAAUGGCUGGAGAAAUCUAUACAUGGGGAGAUGGCACACAUAAUGCUGGGCUUCUUGGUCAUGGUAAUGAUGUCAGCCACUGGAUACCCAAGAGAAUCUCUGGUCCACUUGAGGGACUUCAGGUUGCUUCAGUAACUUGUGGUCCAUGGCAUACAGCCUUAGUAACAUCAACAGGGCAGCUGUUUACUUUUGGUGAUGGGACAUUUGGUGUAUUGGGCCAUGGGGACAGAGAAAAUGUUGCAUAUCCUAGAGAAGUAGAAUCUCUUUCAGGUUUGAGGACAAUUGCUGCUGCAUGUGGGGUGUGGCAUACUGCUGCUGUUGUAGAAGUUAUUGUCACACAAUCUAGUUCCAGUAUUUCAUCAGGAAAGUUGUUUACUUGGGGUGAUGGGGAUAAAAAUCGACUUGGGCAUGGAGACAAGGAACCUCGCCUAAAACCCACAUGUGUGCCAGCACUAAUUGAUUACAAUUUUCAUAAAAUUGCCUGUGGGCAUAGUUUAACUGUUGGCUUGACUACAUCAGGACAUGUCUUUGCAAUGGGUAGUACUGUUUAUGGUCAACUGGGGAAUCCUUAUGCUGAUGGGAAGCUACCUUGCUUGGUAGAAGAUAAGCUUUCUGGAGAAUCUGUUGAGGAAAUUGCUUGUGGUGCAUAUCAUGUAGCAGUUUUAACAUCCAGGAAUGAAGUUUAUACAUGGGGAAAGGGUGCCAAUGGGAGGUUGGGCCAUGGAGAUAUCGAGGAUCGUAAAGCACCUAUUCUAGUUGAAGCUUUGAAGGACAGGCAUGUAAAGUAUAUUGCUUGUGGUGCAAACUACACUGCAGCUAUAUGUCUUCAUAAGUUGGUAUCUGGUGCUGAGCAAUCACAGUGUUCAUCAUGCAGGCAGGCUUUUGGGUUUACUCGAAAGAGACAUAAUUGCUAUAAUUGUGGUCUUGUGCAUUGCCAUUCAUGCAGUUCCAGAAAAGCAACAAGAGCAGCCUUAGCUCCCAAUCCUGGAAAACCAUAUCGUGUUUGUGAUUCUUGUUUUGUAAAACUAAACAAGGUAUCAGAUGCUAGUAAUCAUAAUAGGAGGAAUUCUGUCCCUUGUCUUUCAGGUGAAAACAAGGACAGGUUGGACAAAGCUGAGAUAAGACUGUCAAAGUCUACUUUGCCUUCAAAUAUGGAUUUGAUUAAGCAGUUAGAUACCAAAGCAGCCAAACAAGGAAAGAAAGCUGAUACAUUUUCUCUUGUUCGCUCCUCUCAAGCACCAUCUUUGUUACAGCUGAAAGAUGUUGUAUUUUCUAGCGCCAUUGAUCUGCGAGCAAAAGUUCCAAAACCUGUUCUUACACCAUCUGGAGUAAAUUCCAGGUCUGUCUCACCUUUCUCAAGGAGACCUAGCCCCCCACGAUCUGCUACACCUGUUCCAACUACAUCAGGACUUUCUUUUUCGAAAAGUGUUACUGAUAGUUUGAGAAAAACAAAUGAACUUUUGAAUCAAGAAGUGAUCAAGUUGCGUGCACAGGUUGAGAGCCUGAAACAGAGAUGCGACUUUCAAGAACUAGAGCUUCAGAAAUCAGCAAAGAAGGUACAAGAAGCCAUGGCAUUAGCUGCAGAAGAAUCUUCUAAAUCUAAAGCUGCAAAAGAUGUGAUAAAGUCACUUACUGCACAGCUGAAGGAUAUGGCUGAAAGAUUGCCACCAGGUGUCUCUGACUCCGAAAACAUGAAGCCUGCUUACCUAACAAAUGGUUUGGAGCCAAAUGGUAUACACUAUGUUGAUGCAAAUGGAGAGAGGCAUUCAAGAUCUGAUUCUAUAAGUUUAACUUCUUUGGCUUCCCCCACUGGAAACGACUCUACUUUGUCAAAUGGAGCUCAAGGUCCAGCUUAUUCAUUUCGGGAUUCAUUUCCAACCAAUGGAAGGGAUGACCAUCCAGAUGCCAGACUGUCCAAUGGUGGAGGCGUUCAAUCCAGUCAUAAUGUGUCAGAGGGUGUUGAUGGGAAGGAAUCUAGGUCUCUUCAAGAUGGUGAGAAUGGUAUAAGAUCGAGAGACUCAGCAUUGGCUGCUAGCAGUAAUCAAGUUGAGGCCGAGUGGAUCGAACAGUAUGAACCCGGUGUGUACAUAACACUAGUGGCCCUGCGUGAUGGAACUAGAGAUCUUAAACGAGUGCGCUUCAGCCGGAGAAGAUUUGGGGAGCACCAAGCAGAGACUUGGUGGUCUGAGAAUCGCGAGAAGGUGUAUGAAAAGUAUAAUGUUCGUGGAUCUGAUAAAUCAUCAGUUUCUGGCCAGGCUGCACGCAGAUCAGAGGGAGCCAUGUCUUCCUCUUCCCAACCUUAGCAACAAAGGAAGGGAGGGAAGUCCAGUCUCCACAUAUUUUGUACCUUCCACAAUGAAGGCUUUGAUGGUUAAGCAAGUUGAAGCUAAACCAACAUCUGCUGUCUUCUUUUUUGUUCUCCUCCCCUCCUUCCCUCAAUUUAUUUUUUCUUCCAUUUAAUUUCUAGGGUAUUUGCCCAUUGCAAAAUCUGUUGUAUUGUAGUGUAUAUAAAAGCAUCGACCGUGAGCAAAAUUUUUUUCCUUUCUCGCAUUCCCGCUCCCCACACCUUUUCACAACUGUUUAUGAUAGACAACACCUCCUCGAAAAUCAGGGAGCCCCAGUGCACUAGGGAUGCUAUUUUAUUCUUUUACAAUUUUUGCUUCAGGUUGUGCAUCCGGGGAUGGACUUUUCACUUGCGUGCCUGACAACGCAGAGGUAGCUUCAUCAUGCCUUUGAUUUCGUUAUUCUAGGUAUAUCAUGUAUUUCCUGGAUGUAAACUUGUAUAGUUAUUCCUGGACUAUCCAGCUUUUGCUAGUUAAUAUUUAUUUAUUUUGUUAAAAUCCAUCCCUCUCAGAAAUACAGACGCUUCCUGGAAUCAAAAUGUUUGGUUGCACUAGGCACUUUGGUUGGAGUUGGAUCGUUAGUUUGUAGGAUUUGGUUCUUGAAGAAGAAAAGCAUCUGAGGCCAUUUGUUUUUUGUUUUUUGUUUUGAAAGAGAAUCGGGUUGUCCUUGGGGACCUGUACACAUUAGCUCAUACAUAUUUUGGGAAGUCUUAUCUUGUAAAAAAGCUAGCUUUUGGGUUUAUAACAUUCUUUAUAAGCAUCAUUAUUGUAGGGAAAAUGAAUGGCUGGUCUAUGUUUAGUUAUA